AUGACCCAACCACAGUCUGUAGGAGCUGAAAAGCUGCUUCUCCUUGGUGCUUGUCUCUCACUGAAGAUGGUGUGGAGGAGGGGAAGGAAGAUAGUUUAAACAGUUUUUUAUCUCUAUUGGAUCCCUGUCAAAGGGGAGGAGGAGGUGAAGAGCAAUGACCUGAGCGUAGCAAAUGCUGUUACCCUCUUGCAUCACAAUUAUUUCAUUUCUGAGGGGAAGUUAGAAGCAGCAACAGCAAUAAAAGCAGCAGUUUCUGCCUCGUCUUCCAAAGCAGCAUCAGCAGGCAUCUGUAGCAUGACACUCCACUGCAUGCGUCUUUUCCUCUUGCUUCUCCUUGGUUCAUGGUGGCCAGACUCAGAGAAGCAUGUGGUGGGAGCUAUGAAGGUCAGGGAGCACUAUAUAGCUGCUCAGAUCACUAGCUGGACCUACAAACCGGAAUCUGAGGAAAAGUCCAGAUUGGAACAUUCAGAUCCUGUGUUUAAGAAAAUUUCUUACAGAGAAUAUGAAGUGGAUUUUAAAAAAGAAAAGCCAGCAAAUAUAUUUGCAGGACUUCUGGGACCAACUCUGCGUGCUGAAGUGGGAGAUACUUUAGUAGUUCACCUUAAGAAUAUGGCUGACGAGCCCGUCAAUAUUCAUCCCCAAGGCAUAGUUUACAACAAAAAUGCAGAAGGCUCCCUGUAUGAUGACAGAACAUCAUCUGCAGAAAAACGAGAUGAUGCUGUAUUUCCAGGCCAGGUCUACACAUAUGUAUGGGAUAUAACAGAAGAAGUUGGUCCAAGAGAAGCUGACCUUCCUUGUCUUACUUAUGCAUAUUAUUCUCAUAAGAACAUUUCAAGGGAUUUUAACUCUGGUCUGAUUGGAGCGCUGCUUAUCUGUAAAAAAGGAAGCCUAAAUGAGGAUGGGUCACAGAAACUUUUCGACAAGGAGUAUGUACUGAUGUUUGGCGUGUUUGAUGAAAACAAGAGUUGGCAAAGAUCAGCAUCACUCAAGUACACAAUUAAUGGCUAUACUGAUGGAACGUUACCAGAUUUAGAGGCUUGUGCAUAUGACAACAUUAGCUGGCAUUUGAUAGGAAUGAGUUCCAAACCAGAAAUUUUCUCCAUUCAUAUCAAUGGCCAGUCCAUGGAGCAAAGACAUCACCGAGUUUCUGCUGUCAACCUAGUGGGAGGAGCGUCAACCACAGUAAACAUGACAGUGAGUGAGGAAGGAAGGUGGCUGAUAUCUUCUCUUGUCCAAAAGCACCUGCAAGCUGGAAUGCACGGUUACCUCACUGUAAGAGACUGUGGGGACAAAGAGGUGAAGAAGAGUCGUCUCUCCUUUAAAGAACGUCUUAUGGUCAAAAGCUGGGAAUAUUUCAUUGCUGCAGAAGAAGUUACUUGGGAUUAUGCCCCAAGUAUUCCAGACAGCCUUGAUAGACACUAUAAAGCGCAGCACCUGGACAACUUCUCAAAUCUCAUAGGUAAAAAGUAUAAAAAGGCUAUUUUUAGGCAAUAUACCGAUGCCAGCUUCACUAAACGUCUGGAAAAUCCUCGUCCCAAGGAAACUGGAAUCUUGGGCCCUAUUAUCAGAGCUCAGCUCAAUGACAAAGUCAAAGUUGUAUUCAAAAAUAAGGCCACUCGACCCUACAGCAUUUACUUCCAUGGAGUGACGCUUUCAAAGAAUGCAGAAGGAGCUGAUUAUCCUCUGGGUCCCACAAACAAUGGCACCCAGAGCAGAGGAAUUGACCCAGGGAAGACAUACACUUACGAAUGGAAAAUUGCUAAAACGGACCAACCCACUGCACAGGAUGCACAAUGUAUUACAAGGCUAUAUCAUAGUGCUGUAGAUACUGAGAGAGAUAUAGCCUCUGGACUGAUUGGCCCCCUUCUGAUUUGUAAAAGUGAAGCAUUGACACAGAGGGGUAUGCAGAAAAAGGCAGAUGGGGAGCAGCAGGCAAUGUUUGCUGUGUUUGAUGAAAAUAAGAGCUGGUACAUAGAGGAUAACAUCAAGGACUACUGCAGCAACCCUGCCAGUGUUAAAAGGGAUGAUCCCAAGUUCUAUAACUCGAACAUAAUGCACACAAUAAAUGGCUAUGUGUCUGACAGCAGUGAAAUCCUUGGAUUUUGCCAAGAUAGUGUGGUUCAGUGGCACUUCUCCAGUGUUGGCACUCAUGAUGAGAUUGUCUCUGUUCGCCUUUCUGGGCACGCUUUUCUGUAUCAAGGGAAAUACGAAGAUGUGUUGAACCUUUUCCCAAUGAGUGGAGAAUCGGUCACAGUGGAAAUGGACAAUGUUGGUACUUGGCUUUUAGCAUCCUGGGGUACCCCAGAGAUGAGUUACGGCAUGAGGCUGAGAUUCAGAGAUGCCAGAUGUGACUAUGAGGAAGAUUACACGUUUGAUGUUGUGGAUUUCACUUACGCCAAGACUGAUAAAAAGGCUGUUUCUGCCUUAGUUGAAGAAGAUGUGCAAGAAGGAGAUAGGGAGGAUUUGGAUUAUCAGGAUUACCUGGCUUCUUCUUACUCCAUCCGAAGCUCAAGGAAGGCAACAGGCGAUGAAGAAAAACAGAACCUUACAGCAUUGGCCUGGGAACAGUAUGAAGGCACUGAUGCCGCCAGUUCUGAGGUGGCGGCUGGCUCAGGUCUGAUACCUAUAAAUAGUAGUGAAUCCACAAACACCUAUAAGUUCUUAGAAACUCGUAUCACUCCUCUUCCCCCAAUCGAGGCUGAAACGUUCCAGUCAAAUCACACAUCAGUCACAGCAGAAGAGGACUUAUUUUUAGCUAGCACAAGUGAUGAAAAGGCUGACUUGGUAUUUGAGAAUAGAAGCCAAAGCAAUUAUGAAAUAGAUCACGGUAACAUGUCUGCAGGUGAACACUUGCUGAGCAAUGGGGAAGGCCAAAUGAAUGUUGCAGAAGAGCUUCCAGCUGAUGGAGAGGACAGUAAAUUUUCUUCAGAAAAGCAUCAGGAGGAAAGCACAGGAAAAGGAAAUUAUAACAUUAACAGUAAAAGGAAAAGGCGAAACUUGCUGGCCAUUAAGUUUUACUCUGUCCAAAAGAUGAAUGCCCUUCUAAGUCACGUACGAAAUAAAAAUGUCUCAUUUUCUGACAAGGCAAGUGCACCUCAUUCUGUGCAUCACACAGAGAACACCUCUGAUAUAGACAUGGUGGGAACUGGCCAGCUUCCAAAUGAUUAUGAUGAUGAACUGGAAGAGGAGGAAACCAAGAUGGAAAAUGCCACGUGCACAGUUAACAUGACGCUUGCUUUGGACCUCAUUGUAGGAGAUGGGUCUAAUGCAUCCAGCCUCUCUGAACCCAAGCUACCCAAGGAUAAACAAGCAGACACUUUUUCUUUAGAACAUACGUUAGGCAAUAUAAGCCCUAAUUCCAGCCCUGCACUAGUAAAAAACUUACUAGAAGCAUCAUUGCCCAGGGCUGGGAAAUAUUCGUCUAAAAUGACAAAUGAGGAAUGGAAUUUGGUGUCUGCAAAGGGGAGUCUGGGAUUAGAGGCAAAUUUGGAUAAAUCUGUUAGUCGUGAGUCAAAUCAUCGUGGCAGAAAUGGUACAGCAUUCAUAAAUAAGAAGCAUAUGAAGAAGGAUCAAGGGUUCUCACAUCUAAUGGGAGAAAAACAGAAAAGGAGCCACAUGCAGCCAACUCUGAAAGGAAAGGAGGGGAACAAGAAUGAUACUUUGAGUACAUCUGGAACCUUCAUCAAGAUCCGAAGGAAAAAAAAGGAAUAUCCAAAAAUGAACCACUUGCUGAGCCCAAGGAGUAAAAAGCCCCAAAACAUCACCAAUUCUAUGGCAGGGUUUGGCCGUACAUUGUUUCUGGGUGAGACCAACCACACUACGCUGCCAUGUUGCACUAACACCACAGGGGCACCCAGUGAGGCCAACCAUACAGUGGAUCUGAGUAGAGCCGGGCAUGGAGAGUCGCUAAAUUACACACUCACCCCACGGCAGCUUAAGCCAUCGAUCAUGAUUGGGCUUCCCCAAGAAAAUGGAGACUACGAAUAUGUUACGGAAGGAUCUUACAGCGAGGAAACAUCAGGUGGUGAAUACGAAUACCAUUAUGUGAGCUUUGAUGACCCAUACAUGACAGACCCAAAAGUGAAUAUCAACGAACAACGUAACCCAGAUAACAUUGCUGAACAUUACCUGCGUAGCAAAGGGAAUGAGAGGAGAUACUAUAUUGCAGCUGAAGAGGUCUGCUGGAACUAUGCAGGAUAUAAAAAAAGCACAAUGAUGAAUGACAAAACCUGUAAAGAUGGCACCAUAUAUAAGGUGAUUUUCCAAAGCUAUACAGACAGUACCUUUACGACUCUUCAGGAUGAAGACGAAUAUAAAGAACACCUUGGCAUCCUGGGGCCAGUUAUCCGGGCUGAAGUGGACGAUGUUAUCCUAGUUCAUUUUAAGAAUCUGGCAUCCAGACCGUAUUCCCUCCAUGCUCAUGGACUCCUUUAUGAAAAGUCCUCUGAGGGAAGCGUUUAUGAUGAUGAAUCUACUGCUUGGUUUAAGGAAGAUGACGAAGUUCAGCCAAAUAACAGUUAUAUAUAUGUAUGGUAUGCAAACAGGCGAUCGGGACCUGUGCAGGCAGGAGCAGCUUGUCAGUCCUGGAUCUACUACUCCGAUUUAAAUCUGGAGAAAGAUAUUCACUCUGGUUUGAUUGGGCCAAUACUGAUCUGUCAAAAAGGAACCUUCAGCAAGUCAAGAAACAGCAGAACAUCGACCCGAGACUUUUUCUUGCUUUUUAUGGUCUUUGAUGAAGAGAAAAGCUGGUACUUUGACAAACGUUCUAGAAGGCCUUGUACUGAGAAGACCCAAGAAAUGCAGCAAUGCCACAAAUUCUAUGCCAUUAAUGGGAUUACCUACAAUUUGCAAGGCUUGAGCAUGUAUGAAGGUGAACUGGUCCGAUGGCAUUUGCUGAAUAUGGGUGGGCCAAAAGAUAUUCAUGUUGUUCAUUUUCAUGGACAGACCUUCAUAGAACAAGGAGAGCCAAAGCAUCAGCUUGGUACAUACACACUCCUUCCAGGCUCAUUUAGAACAAUUGAAAUGAAACCACAGAGACCUGGCUGGUGGCUUUUAGACACUGAAGUCGGGGAAUAUCAGCAAGCAGGAAUGCAGGCAUCCUAUUUGGUUAUAGAGAAAGAGUGCAGGACCCCAAUGGGUCUAGCAAGUGGAGUUAUACUCGAUUCGCAAAUCAACGCUUCACAUCAUAUAGACUAUUGGGAACCUAAGUUAGCCCGAUUAAACAAUUCUGGAACAUACAAUGCUUGGAGCACUACAAUGAAAAAAGAACAACCCCCUUGGAUCCAGGUGGACUUUCAAAGACAAGUUCUGUUAACUGGGAUACAGACGCAGGGAGCCAAGCAGUUUUUAAAGUCCUUGUACAUCCAGAAGUUCUUAAUUUUUUACAGCAAAGACAAACGGAAGUGGAGCACCUUCAAAGGAGACAGCUCUCCAGCACAAAAGAUUUUUGAAGGUAAUUCCGAUGCCUAUGGGGUAAAAGAGAACAUCAUUGAUCCCCCUAUUAUCGCUAGGUACAUCAGAGUCUACCCAACUGAGGCCUACAACAGGCCUACUCUUCGCAUGGAGCUCCUGGGCUGUGAAGUAGAUGGUUGCUCUUUGCCACUUGGAAUGGAAAAUGGAGAGAUCAAGAAUACCCAGAUAACAGCCUCAUCUGUUAAGACAUUCUGGUUUAACACAUGGGACCCUUCACUUGCUCGUCUCAAUCAGAAAGGAAAGAUGAAUGCCUGGCGAGCCAAGUUGAACAACGACCAACAGUGGCUGCAAAUUGAUCUCCUCACAAUUCAGAAGAUAACGGCUAUUGCUACCCAGGGGGUCACAUCCCUAUCUACUGAAAACUUUGUGAAAACCUAUGUUAUCCUAUACAGCGACCAAGGCUCAGAGUGGAAAUCCUAUACAGAUGAUUCAAGCUCAGUGGCAAAGGUUUUCUUGGGUAAUGAAAACAGCAAUGGGCACGUCAAGCAUUUCUUUAAUCCACCCAUCCUGUCCAGGUUUAUCCGCAUCGUUCCAAGAACAUGGUAUCAUGGUAUUGCCCUUCGGGUAGAACUCUAUGGCUGUGAUUUUGGUGGGGGUCUGGCUGUGAAAAGGACUGACGAGUCUGGGAGCUCUUAACCUUUCGUCAGUCGUCAUGCAGAACAACAAUUUUUUUUUUUUUUUAAAAACC